AGUCGGUUUGUUUUGGGAAUUUGAUAUUGAUGCUGCGAAUGCUUGUUCUGAUAAUCAUUGGAAGUCGGUAGCCAAACCCUUAAGGGUCUCUCUCUCUCUCUCUCUCUCGCUGGACUUGAACCCUAAAAUUAAGCACCGUGCCACAGUCACCUCUUUUGUCUCUCUCCUCUCUCUCUACUGGUUGGUCGACAGCUCUGUGAGGUGUGAGAUGGCCACCACUUUCGCGAGAGCACAAGAUGUCCCUCCAUUCUCUCCCCUUUUAGAAACAGAGAAACCACCCUUCUUCAAAAAGAUGAGAAAUUCAGUUGUCGUUACUUUUCAAGUUAUUUCAAAAAAGAGGGUUGGUGUUGGUAGUCGGGCUCGGGCUGGUGAGGAUGAAAAUGACAUCCGAUAUGGGUCAGGUUUUGUGUUUAGUAGUGAAGGUCAUAUUUUGACUUGGGGGGAUAACAUCAAAGGAAACAAGAGCUCAAAGAUACAGGUUCAAUUUUUUCAGCAAAAUGAACCGAUAGAUGCCAGUGUUGUUUAUAGCCAUCCAACAAAAAAUGUGGCUAUUUUGAAGCCAAAAGAUUGUCUCCACCGGCCGGUUGCUUACGCUGAAUUAGCUGAUAAUGAAGCUGAAGUUGGUAUGGAAGUGUAUUGCAUAGGACACCCUCUUGGGCUGACCUACAAUAUGCUUAUAGGUCAAGUGGGUUUUCCUGGUGCUAGGCAGUAUGGCGAGUUUGUGGAAUUAGAUAAUAACAGAAUUUUGAGGGGCAAAGCAGGAUUGGAUGACAAGCUGGCCCUAAUUCAAUUGAAUAACAUUCAUGGCAGUGAUGCUAUAGAAGGGGCACCAGUUUUCGAUGCAAGUGGGAGAGUCCUUGGAAUGCUAGCUUUUUGUCUUACGCUGUUCGACUUUGCUAUUCAUCACAAGGAAUUAAAGGCAGUCAUUGGAGAAUUCAAAGGCAACAAAGGAUGAUUGUGGAUUAUGAAGAGGAAGACUGCCACUAGAAGAUUUAAUGUAAUUUGAAUAUUUGGACUGCAAACUAAUAUGUUAUGUAAUUUAUUUGAUUAUCAACUCAGAGGUUAUAUGUAUGACAGUAAGACUGAUAUUUAUGAUAUUUAAUUUAAUUUGCUUAUUAUUCUGCCUUUGUUAACAUCCAUAAA